ACAUUUUACCACAUAUUGAGUGUGACUUCAGUUGACAUCUACUUCUUAUUAGACAUUCAUUGUUAUCACUCAAUCGGUAACCACUAAUUGGAUCAACUCUUGACGCAGUCAUCAACACCAGUGCCAACUGACACACACAGACAAUGCCGGCGCCACGCGAUGGACACAUCGUGAAGAUUGCGGUCGAAAUGGACACAAGUUUUUCCGGAAACUAUAUGCCGCAACUUCUGGAGUUCGACCAAAACCGUCCGCUUUCAGCCAUCAUCCAAGACCUGUGCGCCGUCUGGUCUCUCCAAGAAGCCGAGCACUACUCCCUGCAG